CCAAUAGCAGAUGAUCGAGAUAUUUUUAUUUUGUGUCGCUUUUGCCCAUGUUAGGGUAGAAAUAAUAUCUUAACUUCCUCGAUCAGCUUUACUUGAUAGUGUUGAUAAAGACUUCUGAAAAUUGUAAAUCCAUUAAACCAUAACUACAAAAUUUGUUUCAGCAGUAUUUUAUCAGCACGAUUCUUUUUGCACCUAGAAUGUAGAACAUGUUUUAGUAUUUUGCGAAAUGUUGAGCCAUAAGAAGUAAAGCACGUAGAAGACAGGAACAAAAUCAAAGAGUUCAAGUUACACUGGUGAAAAUAGAAUUUUGAAAAAUAGGUCAAGAAAAACCCAAGGCAAAUCACUCUGCAAAAACUUUUGUAGCAGCUCUCAAUCGUUUUCGCAGCGUCGUGUGUCCUUGGCAUAUUUCCAUCACCUUGGGAUAAGUCCCGGCAGCAGUCAAAAGGGAUUUAGGAUCCAAAAAAGAUAAAACAAUCAUAAUUAACUCUGGGGGGAGCUCCAAAAAGAACGGCACUUGGUUGGCGUAAAUCGUCUUUGGGAAAAUCUGGAAAAACAUUUUGAUUAGUACACAAAUAAGAACAACUGUUACUUACGGCAGAACUAAGCAGACUGAAUUUUCUUUAAAAAUUGUUGGUAUUUGUAGCUAAGGAGACGGCAUUAACUUGUCAUUAAAAAUCGUUUAAAUAUGUUAAUUGGAAAUUAAUGAGUUUUUAAGAGUUGGUUAAUCCUUCUUCCUUUGGCUCUUCAACCCUUGGUGGGUUUUGGUCUUCGCAACAAUUUUUAUGCCAUUGCAGUCUACUCCAAAUCAUCCUUCAUGUCGUCCAGCCAUCUUUUACGAAGUCUUCCUCUAGGCAUCUCCCUGUCUGACUCCGCAUCUGAUUUCAAACAUAUCUGUCAUAUUUCCUGCUACCACCACCUUGGUUUCCUUCAAUGUUAAUUGUUCAAAACUAACCAAUUUCUGUGGGAUACUCAGCAGCAAUAGGUUCUAAAAGAGCUGUUGCCUGUCCACCGAGUCGAAACUCUGUUUGAAAUGAACAAGCAGUUGGCAUCAAAGUCAUAUUCGUAAUCCCCCAAGAUUUCCUCCGCAUACUUGCUCAUUCUUAUUAUAGAUGAAGCUUGAAAAUAUCUUAUACGCCACGUUAAGCAGUGUUAUUACGGCAAUCACGCUUGUCAUUCUUUGUUUAAUUAAAGUAACACAAAACCUAAAUUCCAAUAAAUACGACGCCAAUAAACAACUCAACUUAUAAGGAAAUAUUUAAAGAAGCAAUUCCAGUGCUUGUUACAUUUACUAUAUAAAAAACGGUUGAUUUCAUUGGACUUACGUCAUAGGAAUUUCCAGGCCACUAAGAUAUAAACACCAACAAUAACAAAAAUGUAUUCAGUUGAUUCUCGCAAUGUCGCGAUUUAUAACUGUUCUAAUUCCUUUCUAUUUAUUUAUAACAGUAUAUGGUAAUCUCAAAUCAGAGACAAAUUUAAUUGUAUCUACUCCUUUGGGACAACUUCAAGGAACGACCCUAAUCAGUAGAAAAGGCGCAAAGAUUUUUUCAUUUCUUGGAAUUCGAUAUGCUGAAGCACCAAUUGGAAAUUUACGAUUCCAGCCUCCGGUUCCUGCGAAACCGUGGAAAAAUGUUUACGAUGCCACUAAAAAUCCACCUCGUUGUCCGCAAUCUUUCGUAAAUGCGACCCAAGAGGAUUGUUUAUUUCUUAAUGUUUACACUCGUCAUAUACCAACUCAAAGUCAUAAUAAAAACAAGUCUGUUAUGGUUUUCUUUCAUUCCGGUGGGUUUUACGAAGGAAGCGCGACAAGUGAAUUUUAUGGUCCUCAUUAUCUCCUCGAUCAAGACAUAGUUUUGGUCGUUUCAAAUUAUCGCCUUCAAACCCUCGGCUUUUUAGCCACUGGUACUAAAGAAGCCCCAGGGAAUAACGGAUUUAAAGAUCAAGUUCAAGUUCUUCGUUGGGUCCAGCAAAACAUAGCUUCUUUUUCAGGAAAUCCCAAAGAUGUAACCAUAAGUGGUUAUAGUGCUGGAGGAGCCAGCGUAACCUUUCACAUGGUUUCUCCGAUGUCUAAAGGAUUAUUUCAUAAAGCAAUCGCAAUGAGUUCUUCUGGUUUUGGGGCGCAACCACUUGCCUCGGAUCUAUUGAGAUUGGCGAGAAAACAAGCUCAACUAGUGAAUUGUCCUGAAGAUGUAAUUAAUGAUCUUGUGGAAUGUUUGAAAACAAAAACUUCGGAGGAGUUAUCUAAUAAUAUAUUGGGGUAUAAAGAGUUUCUUAAUGAGCCUAUUCGUUUAUGGUGGGCGGUUAUUGAACCAGAUUUUGGGCAGGAAAGAUUUUUGGUGGAACACCCAAUAAAAUCAAUUGUUAAUAAAAGAGUUGCUGAUGUUCCUCUUUUAAUUGGAGUUACGAAAGAUGAAUUUGGUGGGAGAUCUUAUUUUAUCGUUAAUAAUAAAACUGCUUUACGAGAAUUCGAUGAAGAUUACAAAAGAAUUUGGCCGAUUGUAUUCAGUUACGAAAGAGACACCGAAUUUUCUUCAAACGUUAGCGAGAGUUUACGCGAAUUCUACAUUCCAAAUCAAAAAAUUCUUGUGUCUAAUCGACAAAACAUCGCUGACAUAUACGCCGAUUGCUUAGCUGGUUUUAGUAGCAACCGAGGAGCGAAACUUUUAACUCAAUACCUUUCCAGCAAAGUUUAUUAUUACAGAUUUAGUUAUAAAGGAAAAUACUCCUUCUUCUAUGUGCCCAAUACCAACAAUACAGGUCUUUAUGGUGCAUCUCAUCACGAUGAUUUAUUGUAUCUAUUUUACGUUUCACGUAGAACACCCAUGUUCACAGAAGAACCUGAAAGUAAAAUUGUUGAUUAUCUUACGACGAUUUGGGGUAAUUUCGUAAAAACUGGCAAUCCAAAUACCGACUUCUAUAAAUGGCCCGAAUUUGAUUUAAAGAAUCAACAAUAUUUAGAUAUAAACUUAAAUUUAAGUACUUUUUCUAAAAUGUUUAAUGAGCGUUAUUUGUUUUGGGAAAAACUUUAUCCAAUAUCUCUUUAUUUGAAUUAAUAUUGUAUAUAAAAUAAAAUUAUGGUAAAACCUCGACUAAUACUACUCGACCUAGAGGUAGAAACAUUCGAGUUCAGCCGUCUUUAGCGAUACACGGCUCGAGUAUAUGUAUAGUAUAGUUCUAGUAUAUUUAGGACUAGCUUAAAAUUUAGAACUGACUUUUAAAUUGCUGUUUCAUAGAUUAUUUUAAGUUCAUAAAAUGUCUAAAUAAAACUUUAAAUUUUUCUUA